AUGUGUACAUUUAGCAACCCAGCAAUUGCACUCCUAAAUAAACACCUUUGCUGGUUAUCUUCCAUUUGCUCUCCAGAUUUACGCUUGACCCUUGACCCUGCUUUAUGUCCACCUGGACAUUUCUCAAAGUUGUACGAAGAACUAAAGUGUGAGCGGGGCGUUCUCUCAGAGCGCUCUCCUUCAGGGAAAACCAAAUCCGAGGACGGCGCAGGCCACACCCGCAGGUGGUCCCUCCCAGGCUGCCGAGCCGCCCGGGCAGGAGCACGGGGGCAAGCUACCGGGACACCGCAGGGAAAAGAGAGCGGCCCAGCAGUGCCUCCGGCUCUCCACGGGCGGCGAACGAGGGCGCACGUGGACCCUGCCCCGACCAUCCCGGGUCACCGGGGUGCCGCGAGGGAGCCGCUGCAAGGGGCGGCCGCGGCCGUGAAGGGCCUUGGGACAGACCUGAGGGGUGCGGCGGCCCGGCCCUGGAUCCCGAAGCCGGAGGGGCCUCGAGAGGCGGCGGCGGCGGCGGCACACGAGAUCCUACUGCCAAAUCAGAGAAGCUUUCACAAUGCUGCAAAAAGCAAUAAUUUGGAUCUUAUGGAGAAGCUGUUUGAAAAGAAGGUUAACAUUAAUGCUGUGAACAAUAUGAACCGCAAAGCCUUGCAUUUUGCAGUGGGGGCAAAUAAUUUAUCUGCGGUGGAUUUCUUGCUUAAUCACAAGGCAAGAGUGGAUAUUGCUGAUAAGCACGGCUUGACAGUAGUUCACCUUGCAGCCUGGUCUGGAAGUCUCGAGAUCAUGCUCAUGCUCAUUAGAGCUGGAGCAGACCAGAGGGCCAAGAAUCCGGAUGGAAUGAAUGCCCUCCACUUUGCAGCUCAGAGUGAUAAUGUACGCAUCGUGGAGUACCUCAUUCAAGAUCUGCAUUUGAAGGACCUGGCCCAGCCUGAUGAGAAAGGAAGAAAACCAUUUCUUUGGGCAGCCGACAGGGGCCACACUGAAAUGAUAGAAAAACUUAUCUUCCUUAAUCUACACACUUCAGAAAAGGACAAGGAGGGGAAUGCUGCCCUGCAUCUUGCGGCAAAGCAUGGUCACAGUCCUGCAGUCCAGGUGCUGCUAACCCAAUGGCAAGAAAUAAAUGAGAUCAAUGAGCUCAACAUCAGUGCUUUGCAGAUGGCAACCCAGAAUGGCCAUACAUCCCUUGUCAGCUCUCUUCUCAGUGACAAUGUUGAUCUGCACCAGAACGCAGAACCAAAGGACUCCCCUCUUCAUUUAGCUGUUAUCAACAACCAUAUCUCAGUUGUGAACAGCUUAUUAAGUGCACAGCACAACACUGACAUCUUAAAUCAGAGGCAGCAGACUCCUUUGCAUGUUGCUGCUGAUCUUGGCAAUGUGGAACUGGUGGAAACCUUGCUGAAGGCAGGCUGUGACCUGAAGAUUGUUGAUAAGCAAGGGAAGACUGCCAUGGCCGUGGCCUCCAGGAGCAACCACAGCCUUGUUGUGGACAUGAUCAUUAAAGCAGAGAGAUACUAUGCCUGGAAAGAGGAGCAUGGUGAGAGCAUCAGGGACCCAUCAACCAGCUUUACUUUGACAUUCAAGCAAGACAGUUUGGAGACCAGACAUAUUUGCAGUCUUCUCUGGAACCUGGCUUACCAUCAGCUAAAGGCCAAUGAGUGGCAGAAGCUGGCCCGUUCAUAGAACUUUACAGAUGACCAGAUCAGAGCGAUUGAGGAGCAGUGGUCAGGAAAGGGAAGUUUCCGUGAACACGGCCACAAGGCUCUGCUCAUCUGGCUGCAUGGGACCCUGAUGACACAGGCCACUCCGGUCAAGCAUCUGUAUGAAGAGCUGGUACGUGCAGGUUUCCCAGAACUAUCUGAAAAGAUCUGUCAAUUCAAAAAUGAAACUAACUCAAAGUCCAAAAAUGUGCAGUUUCAUAAAUGCCUAAAGAAAUUAUAUUUAAUAUUCCACUCAGCACCAUCCUUUAAAUUCAGUUAA